AUGGCAUUCGUUACCCGCCCCAACCACAACGGCGCUUCAUUCAACCCUCUCUUCCGCCUCAUGGAAGACUAUGACCGGUACUCCAAGGGCGACAGCUCCGCCACGGCACCCUCCACCCAGUGGCAGCCCAAGUUUGACAUCCGCGAGACACCCGACGCCUACCAUCUUCACGGCGAGCUCCCCGGAGUGAAGAAGGAUCACAUCUCGAUCGAAUUCCCUGAACUCCAGACACUGGUCAUCCAUGGCAAGUCCGAGAGGACCUACACCACCGGGAGCGAGAGCGCAGGCGAUGCCGCCGAGACCAGCUCAAACUCGCACAAGGCUAAAGUGGAGGAUGAGGCCGACGCCGAAGCUGCCGAGGCCACAGCUGUCGAGCAAAAGAAGCCUAUCGAUACCGCCAAGUAUUGGCUAGCUGAGCGGAGUAUUGGCAGCUUCUCUCGUUCCUUUACCUUCGGCUCUCGCAUCGAGGAGGACGGUAUCUCCGCCAGCCUUCAGGAUGGCAUUCUGAGUGUCGUAAUUCCCAAGGCGAAGCAGUAUGAGACUCGCCGCAUCGUUGUCAACUAG